CCUUAAGAAAGAAGAGGUCUGUAUUUGGAUAGAGCUCCAGUCCAAGAAUUAGGAAUCCUAGCUAACUAAACCUGUUCCUUUCUCCCUGGAAAACCGCUAGAGUUACAGAGAAAAAGAGAAAUCAACAGCACAUCACAUUCACACCCUCAUCCUUCACGCGAAUCUCACACGCAUCCCUUUCUUCUCUCUCUCUCCCCCUGACUAAGUAUUCUUUAAUGUUUCUCAUCUGAGUUCAAUUCAAUCAUCCUCGACUCGAUCAAUCAAACUGUCAACCAAUCUGAUCUGAUUAUUUUUUUGGGAUAUGAUGAAGAUGCGGAUGGAAAGUAACGGCGGCAGUCAUCGCCUUCACCAUCACAUUAAUCAGAAUCAGAAUCUCAAGUACGGUCAGUUUUCUAAUCACGAGGAUGAGAUAGAUCAUCAAGUUUUUGAUCUCUUUAGUAAUUGUAAUAGCAGAAGUAAUGGUAAAGGGAAGAAUCGGUUUACAAUGCCGUCGCCAUCAUCAACUACAACAGCAACGACGAUGUUGUCUGCUUCUACCUCUUCAAAUAGUGGCGUUGGAUUCAUUGAACAUCCGGUUUCGAAGCUGGAUACACUUGCCGGCGUUGCUAUUAAAUACGGCGUUGAGGUUGCUGACAUAAAAAAGAUGAAUAGCUUGGUUACGGAUCUUCAAAUGUUUGCUCUCAAGUCACUCCAGAUUCCACUUCCUGGAAGGCAUCAACCCUCAUCUUUCUUAUCGAAUGGUUCUGACGUUCCAGGACAGAACAGUUAUGAACGGACCCCACCACGUGGUCUGCAGUCCGAUCUCUUUGAUUCAUUUCAAUCUUUGAAGCCUAAGUCUUCACGGUGGAAGGUUUCUCCAGCUAUGAGCUCUUUACAAGGUUACUAUGGGCUUAAGCCAAAAGAUCAAAAGAAGAUACCUGAAGGUUUUGAGAUGGCGGUCUACAGGAACGGACAUUCUCAUCAUCCGGAAGGUGGUCCAUAUCUUAAACCAUCACCAGCUUCCCAUCCGCCUCUGAGCCUCCAUCGGAAAACUAAAAGCUUGGCUAAUGGGUUCCUUGAUGAGAAAAAUGGACUGGUUGACAAAUUAUACCUUGAUGAAGUGAAGGAAGGCGAGUCUGAGAAAUUGGUGAGAAGGCGUCAGAAAUCAGAAGCUGAUUUCACUUCCAUUUACACUGACUUGCUGAUUAGAGAGGAAAGCACCGGGCCUGCUUUCUCGACAAUCACUGGAAAGGGCUUGGCUCUGAGACCUAAAGCGGGAAAUCGGACCACAACAGAUGUUGAUGCAGGUGGUUUGACCUCUGCUCAAACGGGUCCAGGAGAUUUGGCUGAUGGAUUUCUCGUAGUAAGGAAGUCAUCAAGCGCAACUAGUCUGAAUGAUCAUGACAACAUUAGUUCUUCCAUGUGGCCAACAUCAAAGUGGAAUUUGAAGCCAGAUUUACAGGCCUUAUCCGCUGCAGCCAUAACGAGACCAAUCUUUGAUGGAUUGCCAAAACCAAUAACGGGUAGGAAAAACAAAACGGCACUUGAUUAGUUUAGCAUCCGAUAUCAUAUUCAAUUAACUCGUUGAUGAUCCAACAUUUUGUCUGCUGAGUAGCUCUUGAAGGUAAAUAGAAAGAGAUGUGACAGGAAAAAAAAAAUCAAGUAAGAUAAUACGUUUUUGUUAGUUUAUGUUACCAAGAACUGUUAAUACAUAUAAUUGUACCCCUAAUUUAUUAUGUUUACUUUGGUGAGAACAAUUAAGUCCACCCUUGUGUAUUAGAAAAAAAAUGGAUUUGAUAAUAGAGCAUCAAUACCUUUUGUCA